CGCCGCGACCGCCUCCUCCUGACAUGGCUGCUCACUCAGUCCUCAGGCCGAGCCGAGCGCAUAUCCGACAACUGGCCCGCUUGUACGGUUCACAUCGACCCCUCAUCCAGCGGCUUCUCGUGCUUGGGUUCAUUGCGCAUGUCCUCUCGUCAACGUACCACUCUUUCACAGCCAAGUCAUCCAACUCGCGACAUUCAAAGUCAAGCAAGGGAAAAGAGAAGGCAGCCGAGCAAAGCAGUGAGCGUAAGCAGAGAGUCGCCAUAGAUGCCGUGUUCUAUCAACGGCUCUCAAACAUACUGAGAAUUGUUAUACCGACCUUGCGCUCCAAGGAGGCUCUGCUACUUGUGAUGCAUUCUAGCCUCCUCAUAUUCCGGACGGUGAUCUCCCUCUAUGUGGCAGCAUUAGACGGGAGGAUUGUCGCUUCACUCGUUCGCGCACAGCCAGUGCCUUUCUUGCUGAAUAUCUUGCGAUGGCUACUUGUUGCAAUCCCCGCUACGUGGACAAAUAGCUGGCUCAGCUACGUGCAGAACAAGCUUGCGCUCGCGUAUCGGACGCGCCUCACAGAAGAAGUCAUGAAGCAGUAUCUAGGUGACGAGAAAGAUGGACAGGACGCAAAGGUGUUCUACAAGAUGUCGAAUCUCGAUGACAGAAUAAAGAAUCCAGACCAGAUGAUCACUCACGACAUCCAACGUUUCUCCGUACACCUCGCCGCAAUAUACGCUAAUGUUGCGAAGCCCAUCCUCGACAUGAUACUGUACAACUACCAGCUAUCCCAGAAUGUCGGUGCCGAGGGCCUCGUCCUCCUCACCGUCGCUAUCCAAGCAUCUGCCGCCCUGUUGCGAGCCGUCACCCCGCCCUUCGGCCUCUACACUGCGCUUUCCGCACAGCUCUCGGGCAAUUUGCGGCACACGCACUCACGGCUCGCCGAGUUCGCGGAGGAGAUCGCCUUCCUUGGCGGCGAGGAUACGGAGAAGAUGCUCGUCGAGCGUGAAUAUGCGGGCCUCGUGCAGCACGAGGCGAAGGUCCUUCGCAAGGCGUGGUGGCACGGAUGUGCCGAGGAGGGCAUCAUCAAGUGGCUGUGGGGCAGCUUUGGACUAUGUAUAUGCGCGAUCCCGGUGUUCUUCAAGAUCCCUGGGGUGCAGGGGAUUGACUUGGGCAGUCGAACAGAAGGCUUCGUCACGAAUAGACGACUUCUGCUCUCAGCCUCCGAUGCACUCGGCCGCGUGAUGUAUUCUUACAAGGAGCUCGCGGAGCUCGCAGGGUAUACCGCGCGGGUAGCAGAGCUACUCGAAACUAUGGGCGACGUGCGCAAAGGUAAGUUUGAUAAGGCCUUGGUAAGCAGCGCGCAGACAGACGAGCACGCAAGAAUCCUGAAGGGCCGGGGAGUCAUCAUCGAGUCCGAAGAGAUCGAGUUCAAGGACGUGCCGAUCGUUACUCCUAAUGGUGACAUACUUGUCCGUAGUCUGAGCUUCUAUGUCAAACCUGGGCAACAUCUCUUGAUCGUGGGUCCUAAUGGUUGCGGCAAGUCGUCACUGUUCCGUAUCCUGGGCGGCCUAUGGCCGGUGUAUGGCGGAACCGUCCGCAAGCCACCGGCAUCGCAGUUCAUCCUCAUACCACAGCGACCCUACCUCUCUCUUGGGACACUUCGGGACCAGAUCAUCUAUCCUCACGGGCCUGAAGAUAUGCAAGCGCGAGGUAUCAUCGACGAUGACCUUCUCAGCAUCUUGGCGAGGGUGCAGAUGGACAGCGUGGUCCAGCGUGAAGGUGGCUGGGACGUGAUGCGUGAUUGGCGUGAGGCAUUGAGCGGCGGUGACCAGCAGAAGAUUGCGUGGGCGCGGCUGUUUUACCAUAGACCCAAGUAUGCCGUCCUGGAUGAAGCUACAUCGCUCGUGCCGCCAGAUAUGGAGGGCAUGAUGAUGGAAUACGCCGCUCGGCUAGGCAUCACGCUGUUAACUGUGUCACACCGACCUUCACUGUGGAAAUACCACGCGAUGAUCUUACAGUACGAUGGGCAGGGCGGAUAUGUGUUCACCAAGCUGGAUGCCGAGAAGCGCCUUGCUCUGCAGCAAGAGAAGGAAGCUCUAGAGGCGAAAUUGCUAGAGGUACCCAAGAUGAAAGCGCGGCUAGCAGAGCUUCAGGCGUUGCAGAAGGGUGGAGUUUGAGUUGGACAUUAUUACCCCCAGCUGGGGAGGAGGAUCGCCCUGUGAGCGAUAGCCUACCGAUGUUACUCCUUGUACGUUCUAGUACUUAUUUUGAUAUCUGAGUCCGACAUAA